AUGGCAGGUAUUAUCGGAAUCGUUAUCUUUGGCUGCGCGGAACGAUCUGGUCGCCCGAUCGACACUCCGAACACCAUUGGCCCAUUGAACCUUGGUCAUCUGGACUGUACGUGGCCUCUCACCAAAUUCGGAGGCCCUCGUCCGUGGCGCCGCGAACAGGUCCUUGCGUGUGUUAGCAAGCUUCAGACGGAGCUAUGA